AUGGACGAUGAUGAAUGGGUGGAAGCAGGAGCUGAAGAGGUAGAGGUUGAAAGAUCAUCAUCAUCAUCGAAAAAAGAUAGAAAGAAGGAUAAAGAUAGAAAGGAGAAAAAGAAGGAUAAGAAGAAACGUCAUCAUCAUCGUACAAAAGGUGACAGUGAUGAUAGUAUUAAUAGCGGUAGUGAUGAUAGUGAUGACAAUCGAGGAUCAUCAAGAAAGAAGUUAAAAGAUGAUCAUAAUCAACAAGUAAAGGAAGAGGAAGAGAAGCAGGUGACAAGCAACAAUAGUAGUAGUAAUAAUCGUGAUGAAUGGAUGAACUUAGAGACAUCAUCGUGGUUAUCUGGUUCAAAGAGUCACAAUGAUGUAAAGAGAGAGUUAUUGGAUAAACAAAAAAAGGAUAAACAAGACUUGUCAGAUGCAUUGGCCAAGACUGCUGGUAUUGUAGAUCCAAAGUUACUCGCUCAAGGUAUCUUGUCGACACCAGCACCAUUGGCAUCGAUUGAAGCAUCUUCAAUACCCGUUGUUGGUGAUGGAGGUGCUAGUUGGAAACAAAGAAAGUUGAUGCGAGCUGUCCAACAAGCCAAAGAAGAUGGUGUGUCGUUGGAAAGCAUUCUCAGACAGAGAUACGAUGCCUCUGAAAUACCAUCACUAUUGCAACAGGCCAAGACUCUUGGUAGUGCCCCUCCACAUCCAAACCCUCAAUCAUUUGUCAAAAAGGAGUAUUCUUCCUCUCAUAAUAAUAGAGGAUCAUCGUCAUCAUCAUCAUCUGAUAGAGAUUAUCUUAAAAAGGAUCAAGAUGAUCAUCACAACUUUAAGAUGAAGAGACCAUCUGAAAGUUCUGAUUUAAAUUGGAGAAACAAAGAUAGAGUUACUGGUUCUUCUCAAUCAUCUUCAUCCUCUUCAUCCUCAUCUUCGUCAUCAUACAGAGAAAAAUAUGAUGAAAGAUAUAAACGUGGUGAUGAUCAAAGAGAUAAACAAAGAGAUGACAGAGAUCAAAGAGGAACCAAUAGAUCAUACGAUGAUCGAGAUAGAAAGGAAAGUGAUAGAUAUAGACGUGAUGACCGUGACAACGAUAGAGGUUAUCAUAGAGGUCAUGAUGACAGAGAUAGAGAUAGAGAUAGAGAUAAUGGAAGAAACGACACAAGACAAACAGGAGGUCACCAAGAUAGAUAUGGAGACAAAUAUAAAAGAGAUGAUACCAGCAGGGAUGGAGGAAACCGAGACAGGCGUCACGACGACAGAGACCAAAGAGAUAAAGAUAGAAAGGAUGACAAGCCAAAAGAAGAGAACAAAUCAGUACCUGUUUCAAUUGUUAGAACCGAGCAACCAAAUCUAUCAGAUUAUUUCCCAAAUUUAAACAAGAAUAAUAAUAAUAAUAAUAAUAAUACAGAUAAAUUAGAAACAUCAACCGUUUCUACUACAUCUACAACUCUUUUACCAUCAAAUACAUCUUCAAAACAACAAGAACAAGUGGCAACACCAAACAUUAACAAAUUAUCAGCUGAAAUGAUGAAAGCAAAGAUUAUGGGUAAUACAAAGAGAUAUGAGGAAUUAAGAAAACAAGUUGAUGAAUUAAAGGCUAAAAAGGAUUUACCAACACCACCUCAACAACAACAACAAGAAGAACAGCCAUCAUCUACGCCAACCGAAGAAUCUGAAAGAACAAGUGAAAGAAUUAAAUUGUCAGGAUUGGAUGAAUUUGGUAGAAAGAUUUUUAUGAAUGAACGAGCAUCUAGAAAAUCAAUGGGAACAAAGAAUGCAUUUGACAAGAAUGGUGAAAGACAACAAUACUAUGGUGACGACGACAAGUUGAGUUUGGAUGAAUUGGUAGCAAGAGAAAAGAGAGGAUUGUCUGAUAAUAUGGAUUUGGACUUUUUAAAGACCAUGGCCAAAUCUACAAAAUGGGCUACAGACGACCGAGACGACUAUGGACCAGAGACAAUGAACUCUAAAAACCCAAGUAAACGUCAACAACAAAAGAUGGACGAAAAGGAGACAACCAAAUACAAACAAAAAAUUAUAAGCUCUGAUAAAAAGGUAAACGACGCGCUAGGACGUUGCUGGCAUUGCUAUCAAAGUCCUCAAUUCCAAAAACAUAUGAUGGUGGCAACUGGCAACCAAGUAUUCCUCUCAUUACCAACUCGUUCACAGUUGGUUAGUGGACAUUGUCAAAUUGUACCUAUUCAACAUAUUGUAUCAUGUAGAUCAACCGAUGAAGAAGUUUGGGAUGAAAUUCAAAAUUUUAAAAAAUGUUUAAUUCAAAUGUUUGCAAAGGAAAAGAAAUUUGUAGUGUUUAUGGAGACUGCAAGCAAAUUCAAGUCUCAGUAUCAUACAUUGAUUGAUUGUGUCCCAUUGAACCAAGAGGAUUUUAUGAAAGCACCUGGAUUCUUUAAAAAUGCAUUGAUGGAGUCUGAAUCGGAAUGGACACCCAACAAGCUUAUAGAUUGUAUCAAAAAGGGUGGAUUAAAGAACAGUAUCCCAGAAAAGGGGUUCCCAUACUUUUGGGUCGAAUUUGGAUACAAACAGACCGGUUACGUUCACCCCAUCGACAAUGAAACCAAGUUCCAACGUGACUUUGGAAAGACUGUCAUGACAAGUAUAUUAGAGCUUGACCUUGACGAGGUUUACAACAGAAGAAGAUCAAGAUCAGAUGAAGAGACCAUGGUCUCAAACUUUAAAGCAAAAUGGAAAGAUUAUGAUUGGACAAAAUCUUUGGAUGAAUAA